UCUCGCUCACACACACUCACACACACUCACACACACUCACACACACUCACACACUGCCAGGCGACGAACCCAACGUUACGAUUACACCCUUUUUCUCUGGAUUAUUACAGACAUUAACACACCUGGGAGGAUUUACACUUCGAUGAUGAUGAUGCGCGCUGCGGUCAGGACUUUCCUCUGGACAGCGUUUCUGCACUUUCUUUUCACCGCAGCUGAACAUGUUAAAGACAUUUCACCGUCCUCCGUCCUGCGUAGAGAGAAACGAGAGUGGAAGUGGAACACGUUUCAUACAUCUGAGGAAAAACCACCUCAACUUCUACCGGAGACGAUCGGCAAGCUGAAGAACACUUUGUUCAUAAAUAAUGCGGAGUUCAAGCUCUCGGGAGAAGGAGCAGGAGACAUCUUCAGCGUGAACAAGGCCGGAGAAGUGCUCGUGUUGAAGAAGCUGGAUCGGGAACGUGUCAGCAGCUAUACUCUAACAGCACACCUCAUAGACCCUAAAAGUGGAAUGAAGCUCGAUAAGGACACUGAGUUCAUCAUAAAGGUCGACGACAUUAAUGAUAACCCCCCCCAGUUCUCCGACACUAUCCCUGGGUCUGUUAUUGAACGAGCAAAUAAAGGAGUUGUGGUGUUGACGGUGCAUGCGACCGAUAAAGACGACCCGAACACUGCCAACGGCAUCGUCACGUACAGUCUGCUGAACGGAACCGACUUCUUCAGCAUUAACAGUGAAAACGGUAAAAUUUACACUAAGGUUGACACACUGGAUCGUGAGACUCAGAGUGAGUAUAAGUUGGUGGUGCAGGCGUCGGACAUGCCCGGAGUAGCAGGAGGACGUUCAGUGACCACUACAGCGACCAUCACUAUAACCGACGCUAAUGACAAUCAUGCCGCGUUCUCGAAACAACACUACCACUUCAAUGUGAACGAGGACGCGCCAGUGGGGUCCAAAUUCGGAAUACUGGACAUUAUAGACCGUGAUGAGAAACAGAAUAAAAAACCCAAGUUUGCUGUAGAUUCUGCUGUUAGAGACAUCUUUGAUCUGGAGCUAAACGAUAAUAACGAUGGAGUUCUCGUAUUGAAGCAGGAUCUCGACUAUGAGAAGAAGGAGAGGUAUACGUUUACAGUAACACUUACAGAGGAUGUUGUCCAACCUCCGGACAACUCGGACGUCCUGACGAGGGCACAGGUCCACAUCACCGUUAAAGACGUGGACGAGUCGCCGGUCUUCACCCAGGCAGAAUACAUCUUUAAAGUUUACGAAAAUAAGGAAAAGAUCAUCGUGGGAUCAGUUUCAGCCAAGGACACAGACAAAACCAACCACAGGAUACGGUACAGCAUAAAGGAUCCUACCAGUCCGGUGAACAUUAACAGUGAGACAGGACAGCUCACUCUGAAGAACACUCUGGACCGAGAAGCCCAGAAUGAGCACAAGUUCUUCGUUACAGCAGAGGAAGAAUCUCCCAACAAACUGAACUCUUAUACGACGGUGAAAUUAAUCGUCCUGGACGUGAACGACAACAUACCAGAACUGGCCAACGGGACCAACGUGUACAUCUGUGAGAACGAUCAGAGCGGAACGGUUAUCGGUGUUAUUGGUGCCACUGACAAGGAUGAGAAUCCUGGGAAAUUUCGUUUCAGUCUCAGAGGAAAGAGUUCAAACUUCUCCCUUUAUGACAAUCUGAAUAAUACAGCCAGCAUCAUUCUGACUCACGGCGGUUUCAGCACUGAGAGAUCUGUGGAGAAUGUUCUGGAAAUCAAGAUUACAGACGGAGGAUAUCCGGAACUGCACAGCAUCACACAUCUUCUCCUGCAGGUGUGUAAGUGUGGGAGAGAGAGACGACAGGAGUACUGCCAGGCCUACAGCCAGUCCAGAGUCAGUGUGAGCGCUCUCAUCGCCAUCCUGCUCUGCAUCAUCACCAUCCUUGUGAUCGUGAUUCUCUUCGUGCUGCGUAAACACUACCAGAAGAAGUCAGUCAUCGCUCUGGGAAAAGCGUCUGGGGAGAUUCACGAGCAGCUCAUGGCGUAUGAUGAAGAAGGUGGAGGAGAAAUGGACACGAACAUAUACGACGUCUCCAUCCUGACCUCGGCUCGUUCGGACGCCCGGCUCGGUCCCGAUCCACGUCCUCCGGCCAUGUACGCCAUCGUGAAGAAGCCUUCAGCCUGUAAAGGGGACAUGGCGGUGAUGAUCGAGGUGAAAAAGGACGAGGCCGAUCACGACCGGGACGGAACUCCCUACGACACGCUGCACAUUUACGGCUAUGAGGGGUCCGAGUCCCUGGCUGGCUCGCUGAGUUCACUCCAAUCGUCUUCUUCCUGCGGAUCUGACCUCGAUUACGACAUUCUGAACGACUGGGGACCCCGAUUCAGGACACUGGCUCAAAUUUACGGCUCUGACGUGAACACUUCGUACUGAUCCCGGAUCCUGGAAACCAAAACCCACCGGAAAAGAUCAGUGAAGACGCAUGGUUUCUUUCAGGAUAAAUUCCAUUUAGAUGGAGGAUCUGAGUCUCGUUUUACAGCCAAAACCGCAGCCACUGCUCCAUUACUGAUUAUUAUUAUUAUUAUUAUUAUUAUUAUUAUUAUUAUUAUUAUUAUUAUUCCUUUUGUAUUUUGUGAUUCCCAUCUUUAUAACAGCACAAUUGGUGCAUUUUACUUGAUUACUAUUUUAAUAUUUUGAUUCAGGAAAUGAGUAUUUGCAGUUUUACAGCUCCUGAUUGGACACUGAUCCGACAGUCCAGCACCAAAACCCUUAAUAAUAAUAAUAAUAAACUCUGAUCUUUAUAAACUAACACUUCUUACUCUCACUACUUUUAGGAUAAGAGUUCUUCCAUCUUAUUAUUUUUCUCCGUUAGCAUCUCGCUGAUUUAUUAUAGCGACAGGAGCGGGUUUAUCUCUAUCCGGGUUUAUACAGUACGCCUCAUCAUGCAGGGUUCUAGAGCAGUUCCAGUUAUCUUUCACAAUUUCGACCGUCCAUGUUGUUUAGGAUAUUAUAUUAGCUAAUAAAUCAUGCGUUCGGGUCACAUCAACUCUUCAAUCACAUUCAUAUUAACGCAAAGCAGUUCAUGGGACGAACAAACGCAGCUUGUCAUGUUACUGAGAAAGCGCAAAGAACUCAAGAACUCCUCUGUGUUGAAAAUGUCCGAAAAUAUAGACGCAAUAAACUUCUGACCAAUCAGAAUCCAGAAUUCAGUUUAACAUCAAAGCUUAAAAAUCUGUCACACCAGGAGAGGAGUAAUGUUCGGAGUAAACGCAGUGUUAUUUAAUGUUAUUACAUUUUACAUAAAUGUAACACACCCGCGCACACACACACACACACACACACACACACACACACAGAGUGGCUGUAUGUUCUGUAACCGUAAUAUUAGCUGCAGGAAAUGGCUGUGGAGAGAAACACAGGAAACGGUGUAACGAGCCGCUGACAGAAUUACAGAGCAAUCGGAGUUUAUUUGACAGAAAUCAUCAACACGGAGACUGGUGUAUGUGUGUGUGUGUGUGUGUGUGUGUGUGUGUGUGUGUCUGUGUGUGUGUGUAACUCAAAUCUCAAAGGUCCAAUACAGUACAGCAAUGAGGAAAUGUACAGCAGCUCACACACACACACACACACACACACACACACACACACACACACAAGUGAGAAUAAAGCCAAUGACUUUAACCUUCCAGCUGGAGUGUUGAGUUUUAUAUCACGUUAAUAGAGACGGAUUCCAUUUUAAAAAUAUUACAGGACUUAACCCGAGUGUGGAGUGUAAAUCUAUACACACACACACACACACACACACACACACACACACAUGGCUCCUGAGAGUUUAGGGAAUUAAAAUGAAGUCAAAUUUGUUUUAAAUGGAAUUUUAACUUCAGUUCUCUCUAAAGAUUUCAGCUGAGUAAAACGCGACUGAGAAAGAAACGGAAAAAACUAUUUUUUAAAAUGUCACAUUAUUAAUAGUAGGAAUAGUAAUAUGAAACUAUACAUUCUUUUUUUUAUUUACUUUAAAUUCCUUUUUAAAUUUACUUUAAGUAAAUCUAAAGUAAGUAGAUGAAACAGAAUGGUUUACACAGUUUACAGCCUGCAGUUCGGCGUCUCUGGUGUUUUUAAUGUCAGGAGCAGUUCUCCUUGCUGGACAGAAGUAAACAUUUUAUUUGUCGCAUUUAACUUUUUUAAAUAUAUAUAUAUAUCAUUCCAUUUUUAUUAAUGUUUUUGCUUAGCUCUUAUUUCUAACUGAUCAACACAGUUAUUUGUCUGCUUUAAAUAAUAAUUCAUGUCGACUCGCUAAAAAUAAAAAGUGACACAGGGACAGAGUCACUGAAGAGACAUGGUGAAGUUUAUUUUAUAAUUAUUAUUACACGUCAUUAUUCAACAUCGUCCGAGUUUAACUCUUAAACUGACUCUCUGACUCGGACUCGGACUCGGACUCUGAGAUACUAAACGCCGUUAAAGUAUUAAAGUGUAGAAAUCAUUUUGUUUAGUCGUCGUUAUUCUCUUCACCUUCACCUCGUCUUCUUCAUCAACACAAUAAACGGAUGCCUUCUCCUUGGCAAACCCCGCCCAAUAAAUCAGCCACUUCCUGUCAAGAAAACUCACUUCCUGUUCUCUUAUCUGUUAAGUAAAACAGCACAUGGGAGCGUUUUCCUGUUUUUCAUUCCAGGUGGAAAAAAAACUCCCAGGAAAUUGUUGUUAAAGAAGAACAAACUGCAGAGUAUUUACACUUCGCACGGCUCCGAUCGUCGCUCUGCUUCAGUUUUAUUUUCAUUCCAUAUUUUUAUGUGAUUUUUGGUCAAUUUUCUGCAUGAAGUCACGGUUUGAGUAAAACAUUUCUUUUAAGAUUGAAGAGUGUUUCUUGAAUUCGUUCUGUUUUUAUAUGUUUCGUGUGAUGAUGUCAUCAUGCACGGAGACUCACUUACACACGCUUUAAUUCCUCUUAUUUUCUUUUCUUUCUUUUAUUUCUUUCCUUUUUCUGAAAUUAUCGUAGCCUGAAAACAUUCCGAGAAACUGGAAGAAAAAAUGAAUACAGAAAGGUGUUUUACCUCUUUUAUUUUCCUCUUUUUUACGGGUGAAUUUACAUUCUGAGUGUUUUGUUGGAUCCUGUGUGUGUGUGUGUGUGUGUGUGUGUGUGUGUGUGUGUGUGUGUUCUACAGAUGUGAUUUUUUUUGUUGUAUUUUUAUUCAUUAAUAAACUUUACACACGUUAAUGAU